GACAUACCCUAUCAAAUGGCCCUCCUCUCUUUUUUGCUCCAACCAACCCCAACUUACUAGGAAUCAAAAAUACAAUUCAAAGAAAAAGAUACCAUAAAAAACAACUCAAAAGGCGAAGCAAGUUCUUCUUUUCAAUGGGUGCCAGGCUAACAUGGCUUCUUCUUCUCAUAAUUUCAUAAUCAUAGAUUAUAUAUUCAACCCACAAAGCUAAAUAAUCCUUCUCAAAUCCCGUUUAUACCAAUUUCUUAAUACCAUUACUCUUCUGGGAAUCAUCACACCUCUCUCCAAUUUAACACACCCCACCAACGUCCACGGCGGCUCCCGACGGCCAUACUCCUAUCGAGGUGGUUUUUCCUUCGAUUCCCCAAAUUACCCAUCAUCAAUUUCGCCCUUGAAAUCAGAAAUUCUGGCUUGCUUUUCAAGAAACAGCUUAUUUGAUUCAUGGGUUUUGGUUCUUGCUGAUGGAACCAAGGAGAAACUGGUACGGUUCUAACAUCUGGGUGGUGUUUUUUUGUUUAUUGAUGUUGAUUUCUUGCUCUGUUUCGUUUGAAGAUGUGGAUUCUUUUAAUGGGUUUGUUCAUAAAUAUGCCAAUAACUCUUUGUCAAAGCCUAGAACAGGGAUUGUAUAUAACAUCUCACUGCCUUCAAAUUUUUCUGGGAUUCAAGUUUCUUAUAUUAGAUUGAGGACUGGUAGUUUUUGGGUUAGAGGAGCAAAUUUGACAUGGAUAUCUCUUCCUCCAAGACUUACUUCUGUUCCAUAUGUAAAGAGAUUAGCCAUAAUUUUUGAGAAUUUAGGGAAUUGGUCUUCAACUUUCUACAAAAUACCAGGUUAUACUCUUGUUGCUCCUGUAAUUGGGUUCACUGUUUAUGAUGCUUCUACGAAUUCAAGCACAUUAAGCAAUAAAAAACUCCAUUUAAUCAUAUUGGGAAUAAACCCCAUUUUAGUAAUGUUUCCUAAAGUUGAAAAUAGUGGGAAGAAGCCACAAUGCGUGAAGUUUGGAGCUAAUGGAACUUAUGAAUUGAAGAACAUGACAGGACAAAAUUUUUGUUCUGCAACCGAUUAUGGCCAUUUUUCUCUUGUUAUUCCAACUCCUUCAAUUGAGAAGGAGGAAAAGAAGAAAAGGACGUUGUGGGAAUGGUGGGUGGUUGGAUUUGGUUGUGGCUUGGCUGUGUUAGCUUUGAUGGGUUUAGUUUUAAUGACAGUUUUGAGGUUAGUGAAGAAGAAAAACAUUAAGGGUAUGGAGAGGGAAGCUGAAAGAGGAGUGAGUUUUGAUAACGUUUGGAUUGGUAAAAGUAGAAUGCCUUCUGCUUCAAUGGUAAGAACACAACCAUCUCUUGAAAAUAGUUAUGUUCCUUGAUUCUUUCUUCUUUUUUUUUUUGGGGUGUGACAGUUUUGUUUUUGUAUAUCUAUUCUGAUGUUUACAGCUCUAGAUAUGUUCAUCAUUUCAAUAAGAUCAUUCAUACUAGUGUUUCAUCUGCUAAACUAUACUGAUUUGUUUGGGUUUUAUGUUCUUUGUAUUGAUGUAAUCGAGAGAAUAUAAAAUCAAGGUGUGUUUGAAUUGAACGA